GUUGUCCUGGUGUUGUUGCUGCGGUCGCACGUGGUCCUCAGAGUCCGCUUCAGACUGCUGCGCUCUGUGUCCUCGCCUUCCUGCUCGCCUGGCUCGCUAUGUCCACAUCUACGAGCUGCCCGAUUCCUGGGGGCAGAGACCGGCUACCCGACUGCUACAGCACCACGCCGGGGGGCACGCUCUACGCCACUACCCCGGGAGGCACCAGGAUCAUCUACGAACGAAAGUUCCUGCUGGAGUGCAAGAACUCACCCAUUGCCCGGACACCCCCCUGCUGCCUCCCUCAGAUUCCCGGGGUCACAACUCCAACAGCCCCACUGUCCAAGCUGGUGGAGGUGAAGGAGCAGAAGGAGACAGAAGAAGAGAUACCCGAUGACGCCCAAUUUGAAAUGGACAUCUAAUCCAGUGCAGAUGACCCACGUGUGGAGUUAGAGGAAUCUCUCAUGCCACUGCUGCCACCACCUCUUCUUGGGAUAUCCGAAGGCCAGCUGGCCGCAUCUAAUCCGGAAGGGAGUGACUGGGCCUCCCUUAGUUCUGAAGCAGCUAGACCAAGGAUAGGGGUGGGCACCUUGCCAAGCCCUUAGCUCUACUCUCUCUCUGGUCUGUAGGCACUCCUCUCAACCCCAGCCCUCCUCACCCAGGGGCUGAGGCAGGGACUCGGGGAUGGAGUAUGUCACUGACUGCUUAGUAAACAUUCAAAGAAA